AUGGAGAUAAUAAUCGUACUAUUUUCUUUGGCUAGCAAGGUGCUUUUGCAGAUGCAAGCUUAUGCUAAAUUCUUGACAGAGAAAUUAUCCAAAAAGCGAAAAGUGAUGGAGACAUCGGUUGUCAAGUUCACAGAGCAUUGUAGUUCCAUUCUGCAAAACAAGCUCCCUCAAAAGUGUGGAGAUCAAGGGAGUUUCACUAUACCUUACUCUUUAGGAAGUACUAAAUUUGAAAAAUCAAUGUGUGAUUCAGAUGCUUCCAUUAACCUUAUUCAUUUUUCUAUUUCAAGAAAUUGGAGGGAGAGAUUGGAGAAAUCAGUGGAAAUUGGAAGUAGAGAUUCGAUACCUGUGUCCUUGCAGCUGGUGGAUCAGACCACAAUCAUACCUGGAGGAAUAAUGGAAGAUGUGCUAGUUCGGGAGAUAAAUUUGUGUUCCCUGUGGACUUCAUUGUGGUGA